GUCUGAAAUUUUGGAUGUCAACAUUACACAAUAUUCCUUCAUUUACUCUUUCUUUAUGGCGAAUUAUAUUCGACCACGCCUGUUUCAUCAGGCAUUGGAAGCCUUGCACAAAUGUAAAUUAGAAAAAUCUAUUCUUUCGCCGAAUUUGAGGUGUAUACAUUCAACCGGUCCCAGAUGGAUUGAUGGUCCAGUAAAACUUGCCUACACUUCAUAUGAAGGAAUGAAUUCACAAAAUGUGUCGCCUAGUAACAUGACUCCAAUAAUAAUACAGCAUGGGUUGUUAGGCUCGAGAAAAAACUGGGCUUCUUUAAGCAAAGCAAUUCAUAGCAAAACUGGAAGAAAGGUCAUUGUCCCAGAUGCAAGGAACCAUGGAGACAGCCCUCACAGCAAUAAUCUUGACUAUGAAGUGCUGUCUAAAGACAUAGUUAAAUUAAUGGAAGAUUUACAAAUACCAAAAGCAACCAUGGUUGGCCAUUCAAUGGGAGGAAGAGCGAUGAUGAAGCUAGCCUUGACCAAGCCUUCUCUAGUUGACAGAUUAGUGGUAGUUGAUAUAUCUCCUGUCAAUGUGAGCCCUGGUGCCCAAGCUAUGACUCAAUUCUUAACUGUAAUGGAAGAUAUAGAUUUGGGAGAUCAACUGAAGCGUGCAACUGCCCGGAAGAUAGUAGACGAAAAACUACAAGUUGUCGUUAAAGACAGUCUACUACGACAAUUUCUUUUAACUAACCUGGUGGAGGAUAACGGAAAGUUCCGUUGGCGUGUUAAUCUUAAAUCAAUCAUUCAAAAUCUGCCACACAUAAUUGGCCAUUUCCCUUUGAAGAGCGAAAGUUACCAUGGCCCCACACUUUUUAUUGGCGGAGCCAAGUCAGAUUACAUCAAACCGACAGAUCAUGACGUAAUACGGAAACUAUUUCCUGGUGCCCAGUUUCAGUACAUCCCUGAUGCGGGUCAUUGGGUGCAUUCCGAAAAACCAACGCAGUUUCUGGAACUUUUGCUACAAUUCAUUAACGAAAAGGACUCGAUCUAGGAAAAUUGUAAUUGUAGUGUGAAUUGGCGAUUUUUUUGUAUAUCUUAACUGUGUUCUGAACUCUUCAUGCAUAUAAUUCUGCACAUGUUGGUGAAACGAGAACUAUAAUAUAAAACUGAGUAAAGCUAG